GGGUCUGAGCAGUGAAGAGCUACUGUUACGGGAGCCUGGAGGCUAGAGCAAGAACUUGGACCCAAAAACAGAUGCAAGCACGGGAGCAAGCGGUUAAUGCUCUGAGAAGGUUUUUUGUUUUGUUAAAUAUACUUUUAAAGAAGCAGCCAUGAUCAGCCGCAACUUCAAGAAUGUGCUGGUGGUCUCAAUUGGGUUUCUGUCCCUGUUCACGGCUUAUGGAGGUCUGCAGAGUUUGCAGAGCAGUCUGAAUGCAGCGGAGGGGAUGGGCGUGGCCUCUCUGAGCGUCGUCUACGCCUCCAUCAUCAUCUCCUCCAUGUUUCUCCCCCCCAUCAUGAUCAAAAACCUGGGCUGUAAAUGGACCAUUGUGGUUAGCAUGGCCUGUUACGUGUCCUACUCGUUCGGAAACCUCUUCCCAGGAUGGUACACUCUCAUCCCCACCUCCGUGAUCCUGGGGUUGGGUGGCUCCCCUCUGUGGUCGGCUAAAUGCACCUACCUGACCAUAUCUGGGAACAUGCAGGCCGCCAAAGACAACAAAAAAGGCUCUGACGUGAUCAACUACUAUUUCGGCAUCUUCUUUUUCAUCUUUCAGUCUUCCGCUGUUUGGGGAAACCUGAUGUCUUCCCUCAUCUUUGGACAGGACACAGCUAUUGUUGACAUCCCACAGGAGCAGCUGGAAAGCUGUGGAGCAGCCGACUGCGGCCUUAAUGUCACUGCUUAUGGGAACACCACAAGGCCUGAGCAGAAACUGGUGUGGACGCUCGUCGGAAGCUACAUCGGCGUGGGUGUGCUGGCCAUCCUGAUCGUGGCCGUGUUUCUGGACAACAUCGACCGUGAGCAGGCCAGCGAGUUUCGUGGCAGCCAGCAGCCGUUUUGCCACACGUUCUUGGCAACAUUCAGGCUCCUGAAGGACUGGAGGCUGGUGACACUCAUCCCACUCACCAUGUACAGCGGCUUUGAACAGAGCUUCCUUUCAGGGGAGUACACCAAGAACUAUGUGACUUGUGCUUUGGGGAUCCAUUAUGUUGGUUUUGUAAUGAUGUGUUUUGGAGCUUCCAAUUCCCUUUGUUCAAUUCUCUUUGGGAGACUCGCCCAGCACACUGGAAGAGCUCCACUCUUUGCCCUGGCUGCACUGACGAACUUGAGCUGCAUCAUUGCUCUUUUGUACUGGAGGCCUCAUCGUGACCAGCUUGUUGUGUUUUUUGUGUUUCCUGCUCUGUGGGGUUUGUCAGAUGCUAUCUGGCAAACCCAGACUAAUGCUCUUUACGGCAUCCUCUUCCCGCGGGAAAAAGAGGCGGCGUUUGCAAACUACCGGAUGUGGGAGUCGUUGGGUUUUGUCAUCGCCUUCGCCUACAGCACGUUCUUAUGCUUGGAGUAUAAACUGUACAUCGUGCUGACUGUGCUGGUGGUCACCGCCAUCACUUACCCGAUAGUGGAGUACCAUGAACACAAGCAUCCAACGAAACCCAUUCAAGAAGGAGACUACCAAAAUCACAAAGAAGUCAUCAAAGCAAGUGACGACAUCGUCUGCCAGACACACUUGUAGAGACACAAAGUGCAGCAUGCCUCCUGUUGAAUGAAUGUCAUUGUAAACGCAUGAUGUGAUUGUAGAGGUGCAGUAAGCAAUAAGCCCACGUCUGUUGAACUUUACCAGACAUUGACUUUGCUCUUUUCUUCCUUGUGGUAAAGCAACACAAACUGUAAUGUCUUGCUUUUUUUUUUUUUAAAUAACAUUAUUUUUUUUAAUAAGGCCAGCUUUGUAGCUUCUGUUUGAAACAUUUUGUUUGGUUGGCACUGUACUGUUGUCAUCAUUCACGUGCUUCAGUCUUCAGUAUCUAUGUCGGCUAAAUGUUGAGCAAUGUGUGCGUGCAAUCUUAUCCACUUUAUUUUACUGCCUUUUUCUAUUAUCAUUUACGGCUGCUGUGUGACCAGGAUGUGACCAGUGAUCGCACACAGAGCAGAAUCAUUUCCUGUUUUCGUAAGCUAUUCUACUAUAUACCGCGAUUAAGUGAAAUCAUACCUGUGAGAUGUUUGAAAAAUACCAGAUUAAAUUGUUAUUUUAACAGUUGCCAAUGUUGUAAAGUUCAUAUAACUUUGUAGACGUUAAGGAAGAAAUAGGACAGAAAGAUGUUGCCACACAAACAGCAUUCAACACAACACUCACUGAUUCAUUAGAGUGAGCUGGACGAAAUGGUCAACGACCACUGUCAGCCCCUGAGG